AUUGAUCCUUCUGCCAAAGUCGCUAGCUGUUGGAGCUGGAGCUGGCUAGCGCUCUCUACCCUUCCGAGUGUCUGGCCCUCUUUCUUCCCUGGUUGCACCCAGGCGGGCUGGCCAAGAGCUGCCGGGGCGUCCUGUGUGUGGCUGGAAGAUAAUGAUGCUUGAACUGAACUACUAAGGAUUCUGAAGUCAAAACUCAUACUGUUAAUAAUGGCAGGAAAAUCAUCUCUUUUUAAAGUAAUUCUUCUUGGAGAUGGUGGAGUUGGCAAGAGUUCUCUUAUGAACAGAUAUGUAACCAAUAAAUUUGAUGCCCAGCUCUUCCACACAAUAGGUGUGGAAUUUUUAAAUAAAGAUUUGGAGGUGGAUGGACAUUUCGUUACCAUGCAGAUUUGGGACACAGCUGGUCAAGAGCGAUUCCGAAGCCUGAGGACACCAUUUUACAGAGGUUCUGACUGUUGCCUGCUUACUUUUAGUGUGGAUGAUUCACAAAGCUUCCAGAAUUUGAGCAACUGGAAGAAAGAAUUCAUAUAUUAUGCAGAUGUGAAAGAGCCCGAAAGCUUUCCUUUUGUGAUUUUGGGCAACAAGAUUGACAUAAAUGAACGGCAGGUGUCUACAGAAGAAGCCCAAGCCUGGUGCAGGGACAACGGCGACUAUCCUUACUUUGAAACAAGUGCAAAAGAUUCCACCAAUGUCGCAGCCGCCUUUGAGGAGGCAGUUCGAAGAGUUCUGGCUACAGAAGAUAGGUCAGAUCAUCUGAUUCAGACAGAUACUGUCAAUCUGCACCGAAAGCCCAAGCCAAACUCAUCUUGCUGUUGAUAGCAUUUAAGAGAUGAUUGGUGCAUUCUAACACACACACACACACACACACACACACACACACACACACACACACACACACACGGAGGUUGGAGAAGAGAAUUAAUAUUUGCAGGAGGGUUCAUCUACUAAUAAAAUUCAACUAACGAAUACUGCUGCCUCAUUAGUUGGUGGGAGAAGGGACACAUUCACUCUGGAGGAAAUCUACUCAAUAAUGGCACCUUACAUUUAUAAAUUGUAAUGGUUGUCUAAUGUUAAAUUUAAAAUGUUAGUGCUAGUAAGAUGACCAAGAAUUGAAUUGUAAUUCAAACAAAAACCUUGACUAUUCUAGAAGUUACACUUAGGUUGUUUUUCCCCACAAGAAAAUGGAGAAUUACUUUUAUAUGUGUAUAUUUUUAUGUAAUUAGCAUUCUAUUCUUGGUCCAGGGAAGUAAAUUCCUAUAUAGUAGUACUAUUAAAGAUCAAAAUCUAAUGCA